AUGGCAUAAUAGCUGCCAAAAAUAUAGGAAAGAUUAAAUUAAACAAUUGAAAAUCCAUUUUAUGUUCCCGAUGAAUACGAAAUCUUCAAGAUGAAAGAAAAAGAAAAAUAAAUCAAAAUGGAAGAAAGGAUCAAGUUUCAAAAUCUCAGAGUUCAUGAAAAAGGCAUAAAAUCUAUUGGAAAAUUGAGUAUCAGGGAAAUUAAUGAUAUUGGCAAAGAAGAAGAUAAGAAUGACAAGGAAUACAAUGCAAAGAUAAACAUUAUUGAUGCUGCUGACAAUGCUGUUAAGAAUAGAGUUCGAUAGAAAGAACCUAUGUAUCAAUUCAUAGAUAAGAAAAGAGAAAUGUUGUUAUUUUAGAUGUUGAUAGAUCAUAAAAGAGGUAUGAUUGAUGAAUUUGAGAAAUUGACCAAGUUACAUAGAUUAGGUUUGGAAAAAAGUGAGUCACUCAUAGAAGAAGAUGUCGAAUUAUUUAAUAAAUUUUUGGAGCAAAAUAAGAUGAGUUCAAGAGAAGCUAUAAAGGAAGCAGAAAAAGAGACAAAAUCGAAACAAGAAAAAAACAACGAAAUCAAAUCUUUAUAAGAACAUAGAACAGAUUUAAUGACUAAAAUCCAAUAGAAAAUAGAUAAUUUAGAAGACCUCUUAAAAUACAAAAAGUUUUUAGAUAAGAUUACUCCUAAGGAAUUUCAAAUGAAGUAAAAACAACCGAAAUAAUAAUAAUAGUAAUAAUAAGUUUUGUUAUCCAGAAAUAAUUAAAAUAAUUAAAUCAAUAAUGAAUUACAAUAAUUAUUGAAUGAUUCAGAUGAUGAAUAAGUGACAUAUUUCACUUAACCAAAAUAAUUGGAAGAAAUAUUCUAAUAAUUAGAAGAAAAGAACUUGUUCCUUAUUGGGAAUACAAAAGAAAGAGAAUAAAUGGUAGAAGAUCUCAGAAACAAAUAUUAAAUAAAGAUUAAAACCUUAGAAGACAAAUUAAAAACUGCUUUACAAACAAAAAAUGACUUUCUUAAAUAAAUUGAUUAAGUUAAUGACUAAAUCAAAGUACUAAAAGCAAUUAGAAGCGAUAGUGAAGUGUUUGAACCAUUAAAGAAUCUAGAAAACUAAAUAGCUAAGAUAUAUAGGAGUGAUGUUAAUGUUGAACCAAGAAAAGAUAUUACAGGAAUUGAAAUGCUUAAGGAGACUGAAAAACUAUUAGAAUAGAGAAUAAAUGAUUUGAAGAUGUUUAGAUAGAUAGCUCCUGAGUUGGUAUUAGAAAAAGAAAAGAAUUGCAUAAAAGCUAGAAAAGAUAUCGUUAAGUAAAUGAAAUAAGAGCAAGACCUGUUAGAUCAAUAGAAAAAGUAAAAGGAGCAAUAAAAAGAAUAAAUUGUUCAUAAAAGAACCGGAAGACCAAUAAUGGUUAGAUCAUGGCCAGCUUAAGUUUAAGUAGAGGAGUAAGUAGUCGAUGAUAUUACAGAAGAGGAAAAAGAGAGAUUAAAAUAUUUUGAAUAAUGA